AUGCCUGUAGACAUUGUUACGGUGGUUCGAGUGAUUUUCUUUUGUGCUGCACGCAUCGAGAGCACGAGGAUAGAGCAGCGCUGGGGAUUCCUGGCUACUUGGUGCGACGCGCUCAAGAGCCGAGUCACGUACACAGGCCCCGAACGCGGUCGGUCUCUGGGGACCUCGUCCGUCACGCUGCCAAUGCGGGAAGAGGGUCAGGAUGCAGACGAUGAAGUGCGUUUCCUACACGAAUUCCAGAAGACGAGGGAGGCCAAGGCGCUGCUGGCAGCUGCAGCGCACAUGGACUACGACGCGUGGCGGUAUUUACUGGAGAAAAACUGCGGCGUGCAUCUCGGCGUCGAAGGAGAGCCGCUCUACGAGGAGAAGAUCCCGGUUCGGUACACUGUAAUGCUGGAUCAUGAUGCCCAAACGAGCAUUCUACGUGACUUUCACGACCUCGGGGCACACGAGUACGACCUGCUUUUCUUCUUCGGACCGCACCAACGUCUUCAUCCCAGCGCGAAGUAUAGAGAAACGCUGCAGCAAAUUGCUGCUCUGGAGCAGAAUUUGCACCGUCGAGAAGCGGGCUUCGACUUUGAGGUUCCCGUCCGGGUGGAGUUUGCCCCUCCCGAACCGAGCGACGGUGUGAACGAGCUUGUUGACGCUGGAAUCGCAGAGCAGACCCUCAAGGAGCAGUGGGAAAGGUUCCUUCGAUCGGGCGAGGACGAAGCCGCAGUGCUCGGAGAAUGGAGGUGCACUUUUGUGUUGGAGCGGAUGAUUGGCAAGCUGGGCGUCAUCGAUCUGUGUGAAGACAUGGGGCCAACGAUCAAGGUCCUGCUGCAGCAAAACGCUUGGCUGUCUCUGCUGUCAGUUUCUUUGAAUGUCGGUGUGAUGCCCUCGGUGGGAUCUUACGGCCGGCUCCUUUCCAGUGUGUUUAGCAGUACGCGCAGACCUCCAGAGAUCGCGAACACGAGCUACCACCCUGCUUUUAGUGAUCGACCCCCGCUGCAGCUCGGCGAGAUUGAUUUUCUUUGUGCUUCCACCUUGCGAGUUCAUGACAUUGGAGCGAUGUGUUCUGCGGUGGCACAAACGCAGAUGACAAGGAAGCUCACGCUGCGGCUCUGCAUGGACAUUCGAGAGCAAGAAAGAAACCGAAAGUGCUGGAAAUGGCUGGCGUACGCGCUUUUUUCCAAGCGAGCGCAAGCGCUCUCGUCCGUGGAAUCAUUGGCGUUCGCUGGAAUUCGCAGCAUGAGUCGAGGACUUGUUCGGUUCCCCGCCUGGUCCAGUGCAGCGACGCUAAGCGGAGACUCGCGUAUUCGAUGUGUGCUGGAUGAUCUCAACGGUUCGACCAACACUAAAGCCAUCACUUUCGAUGUGCCAGUGCCUUUCAUCCGGACUUUUAGCGACGAUGGCAAGAGCACAUGGGUUGACGCUAUCGUUCCUGGCUACGGUCGAUGCCGGGUGCAGCGGCGCGACUUGGUGUUCGGUGAUGUAAUCAGCAGCAAUGGCGAUGUGGUUGGUAGAGGUAUAACCUCCCUCAAUCUUCGAUUCUACAAGGAUGCACCUUCCGUUACCGACGGUUUGGUGCUCUUCUUUGGUGCUGUCGGGUCUUCACUAAAACGCCUAGCGUUGGAUGCACCGAGAGACGAACUGUCCUCGAUUCUCCAGUGUUGCCCAAGUCUAGAGGAGUUGGUGCUGACCGGGGGAGUAGUGGAUGCUCAGCUCCCCUUCUUACGUUGCCUCCCCUUCCUCGCCCAGGUUAAUGCCACAAUGCCGCUCGAGAAUAUGAAUCCACGCGGCGUAGUCCAAACUUUCCACGAUUGCCAACAGCCCAAGCGCCUCACGAAGCCACUGCAGGCUAGAUUGGUGGUCAUCCUUGCCAUCAAACCCAGUGAUGAACACGGUAGAGCCAUAAUUCUCUUUAAAAACCAUCACCGAUUCAAGAACCCCCAGCGCUGCUCAAUCUGCCCAAAGACUCCAUCAAGCUGGAGUUGGCAAGGGCUUCCAGAUGGGCUGGACUCUCAGAAGGUACACUUUUUAAAAGACUUUUACCUCAAACUGUGGACGUUUGAGGACACCCACACGCUCGCGGACGUUGACGAGGACCUGGUCAUGUUCUGUGGUACUCGCCAGCUGCAUCACGACAGCAGGCCCUAUCUACAAGCGCUGAAGGAUGUUGCAGCACUUUUUAGCUGCACAAAGCCGUCCGUGGAUAUCAAGAUUCCUGUCCGCGUUAUUCUGUCGUCGUUGGAGGCGUGGAGACGGCCAGGAGCAGGUCUCUUGCAAGUAUUCAAUGCCGAGAAGCGCAUCCGGCAACAGUGGGAAAUGUACGACCAAACCCUCCCGCCUCAAUAUGAGGGGCUGUGCUUGCCGCGGUGUACGUUCGUCCUGGUUCCGAUGGUGCUCGACCUAACGUUCAGUUCAAUUAAUUCUGAAAUUGCCAAGGCUAUCGAGACUGUGAUCCAUGAAAAUAUGUGGCUUUCGCAGGUUUCAUUGGAGGUUCAAAUGAAUCAAGGUGGGCAUGAUGAAUGGGACAGCGACGACGAAGACGAAGAUGAUGGGGUUUCGACAAAAUCGGACUUCGGACGGAUCAUGAGCUCCUUGCUCGAUAGUACGCGUCGACCCCCCCCCCCCCCGCCAUUGGGACUUUCUCCGUUGCAGUUAAAACGAUACCUUCGCCAGCUGGCCGCAAUUCACCUCGAGUGCAACGCGUUGCUGGAAGCGCGGGAGUUUGAGGCGAUUGUGGUGAAUCAAACUGCGAGAAGGCUGUCGUUACGUCUAGGGAUGACCAGCUGGAGCAAUGGUGACUUGGCCGCUAUAAGUGGUCACUGGUGGAAAUGGAUAGCAUACGCCUUCUUCUCGAAACGAGCGCGUGUGUAUUCGUCCGUAGAACCACUGGCUCUUCUUGCCGUCUACAGACGCACAGUCAAGGAUAUGGAGAACUUCAUCUUUGUGCUGGAGUCUGAGCACCCUGAAGAACUUGUCCUCGCGAAGAGCGGUUGCAAGAGAAAAACUUACGGACGUUGUCAAGUGCGACGUGAUGAUCUGGCAUUCGUCGAACAUUAUAUCAUCGAGCCAAUUUCGUCUGGAAUAACGUCCCUCACCAUCGGGUUUGACAAAGAUCAAGUGCCCAUUUCUUACGGUCUCCCGUUGCUGCUCAAGGCUGUAGGGUAUCAGCUGAAGUCGUUGACCCUUACAGGCCCCCGAGUUGCUAUGAGCGAUGAUGUGAUUAUGCAGUGCUGUCCGCUGCUAGAGGAGCUGGUGCGGAGUAACUACUAUGUCGAUGUCCGGCUCGAUUUCCGCGAGUAUCGCGCCAAGGACAAGCCCUUUCACGGGCUGAACUUCGACUGGGAUGAGAUUACUACGCUCUCGGAGCAGUUGAGCGACGUCCACAAUCCUCUUACAACCUGCAGCGAGACUCUAUCAGAGUUCGACCACGCAAACCUCAUCGAGCGUCGUCUAUCGGCGCUCUUGCGAAUGCUGAGCGUCAACAAAAGCUUGGAAUAUCUCGAGGUUGUUGUACCUCCUGGUUAUGAGAGAUACGGUGACGAGUUCUACGAGCACCACCAAGGGCCAAUUUGCCGACCGCUCAAUCCACUGUCAGCUGCAGCCAAGCUCGCGUUUUUGAGCGUGUUGCAGUCACUGAGUCCGGCGAAGAAGUGA